GUCGGCGCCCGACGCCGCAGCUCCGGUGCUAGUGUGCUGUGCCGGCAGCCGGCCGCGCAAGUCUCCGCGUCCACCGCAUGCCGCGGACUGCGAGCGAGCAGGCGAGAAGAUUGAGGAGGUGCGUUUGGAUUCUCGUUGCGAGAUUGCGUCACGUGACGUGACGUGACGUGACUUGCUGGUGCGGACCCGGUCAGGUGGUGGCGGUAGAACGCGUGUCCCAGCUGACCUGUCGGAGAGGACCGUGUGAAGCGAGUGCCACGGAGAAGAUCUCGUGACCAGUCCACAUACCGGGAGGACAGCGUGGACUGCUUGUCGCGGCGGGGACGUGUGGGCUUGUAGCCCGCGUGGAGGGCCGCAGAAACCGACUGUCCGAGGGAGCCGGGACCGGAUUAGAACGAGGGUCACCCGUGUGACCCCGCAGCGGGAUUCCUCCUGCCUGGACGUCCGAAGGUCGGGCAAAGAUGCCCUACGGCGGUGCGUUCUCGGCGGGCAAGCCGCCCCUGCCGGGCUUCCGGAACUACUCCAGGCUGGACCAGCGCCAGGAAGACGUGGGCGCUCAGCGCCACCUGGCGGCCGACCUGGCCGACACGUGUCUCGUCUGUUCGGUGCCGUUCGACCAGGCGAUGAAGCGCAAGAUCACAGACGCUUGCGGUCACGAGCGCUGCUACAGCUGCAUGACGCGCUGCCAGAGCUGUCCCCUCUGCUCUGCCGACGGUGCGCCGGCGCGAGCGCGGAGCAAGCCAGCGCAGCUGCUCGGCUCCAGCGUCACCAACCUGCUGCACGGCCGCUCCAAGCUGAAGACCAACGGCCACCUGACCGCCCUCAUGCAGGCGCGGCAGGAGAACGGCGUCACGACAUCCCGGCUCUCGCCCAGCCCUCUGCGCGAGCUCGGCAACACCGGCACCUACAUGUCCAACGGCAACGGCGUCCCCAGUGGUCUGCCGACCCCGCCGGCCAGCCGGCGCCGCCUGCCGCCGGGCACCAGCCCCAAACUGCUGCGGUUGGCUGCCCGACAGAGCCGCAGCCAGCGAGCCAACACCAUCGGCGUCGACAGUCUGCAGGGUCUGUCUGACACGGACGAGGAGAGCGGCGGAGGCGGCCGGCCGGAGGACAGCGCGCUGUACGCGCGGCUGGGCCUGCUGCUGGGCCCGGGCGCCGAGCCGCGCUCGCCGGGCUCCGAGCGCUCGCGCUCCAGCCGCUCGGCCAGCUCGGGCGCGCACUCGGGCCACUCGGGCCACGAGUCGCGCUCGUCGCUGCCGCGCGGCGACAUGGCCUCGACCAACACCAGCCCCGUCUCGACCCUGACAGGCUCGAGCGAGUCGGAGGCGGCGCACCUGCGCUCGGAGCGUAGCCACGAGAGCCUGGGGUCGCUCAUGUCCAUGUCACUGAACGGCUCUAACCCCUCGGCCAGUCCCCUUAUCGGCUCCCGCCGGAACUCCCUGGGUGGUAGAGGCGCUGUGGAUGACGUCAGUGGAUUCGGCGGCCCCCGGAAUCAGCUGGCGCGGAGGUCAGCACGCUGCCCUCGGGUCACCACGCCAGUUGACCCCAAAGCGCGGUUCGCGCAGUUUCGGCCCCGCCAGCUUAGCCUGCAGCCGCUGUUCUUCGAGGUGCCGCAGCAGGAGCAGGACCCGCUGUUCCUCGGCCGGCACUGGCUGUUCGCGGAGCUAAGCCGCGCCCUGCUCGGCACGCCCAGCCGCGGCUGCGUGCUCUCCGGCAGCGUCGGCACCGGCAAGACGGCCGUGCUUCUCCAGCUGGUGGAGCACAGCUGCUUCGGUCGGCGCGCCGUCCGGGACGAUGCUCUCUAUCAAGAGAUCAGCUCGUCGGCCGGCGGCGAGCGGCCGCGCGUGGUGGUCGGCAGCGGCGGCCUCUACUCCAACGUCUGCGUAGUUCCGGAGGACCUCAAGAUGCUGGGCAGCCGCCUGGUGGCCUACCACUUCUGCCAGGCCGACAACAGCGCCACCUGCCUGGUGCCGGACUUCGUGCACUCGGUGGCGGCGCAGCUGUGCCAGGCGCCGCAGCUGGCCGCCUACCGGGACUACGUGCAGCGCACGCCGGCGCUGCAGACGAUCCUGGCGCAGCGCUCCUGCGUCAGCGACCCGGCGGCGGCGCUGGCGCGGGGCGUGCUCGAGCCGCUAAACGCCCUCCGCCAGGCGGGAAAGCUGCCCGGGCAGACGUGCAUCGUGGCCGUGGACGGCCUCUGUGAGGCGGAGUACCACAAGCCAGAGUACGGCGAUAACCUGUCGGCCUUCCUAGCACGUCACCUGGUCAAGUUCCCCGCCUGGCUGAAGCUCGUGGUGACAGUGCGCACGCAGAUGCAGGGCAUCGCAAGCCCGCUGCCGUUCCACAAGAUCAACCUGGACCGCCUGCGCGACACGGACGACCUGCAGCGUGACCUCAGCGACUACAUCGCCUUCCGCAUCAACAACUCGCCCUCCAUCACCAACAGCAUCCAGGUCAGCGGCGCCAAGGUGGAGGGAAGCGGCCAGUCGCGCUUCAUUGCUCACCUGGUCAACCUCUCCAAGGGCUCCUUCCUCUUUGUGAAGCUCACCCUCGACCUGAUCGAGCGCGGCAAGCUAGUGAUGAAGUCGUCCAGCUUCCGCGUGCUGCCCGUCAGCCUCAGCGAGAUCUUCCUGCUCAACUGCAACCUCAGGUUCCCGACGCAGCGGUCGUACGAGCAGGUGGAGCCGAUGCUGGCUAGCUGCCUGGCGAGCCUGCACCCGAUGACUGCCUACGACAUCUUCCACUCGGCCAACGCCGGUCGCACCAGCGCACCCAUCUCCUGGGACGAGUUCAUGCGUCGCUUCAAGACCAUCUCGGGCUUCCUGGUCAAACGCGUCGACGACACGUACAUGUUCUUCCACCCGUCGUUCCGGGAAUGGCUGACCCGGCGCGAGGAGGGCGAGAGCGCCAAGUUCCUCCUGGAGCCGCGCCUGGGCCACGCCAACAUCGCGCUGCGCAUGAGCCGGCUGGAGGCGCCGCUGGACGCGCAGAAGACGCUCGAGCUAGGCCACCACGUGCUGAAGGCGCACCUCUACAAGAACUCGCGCGAGGAGCUGCUGGUGUCGCCACGCGACCUGCAGGCGCUCUGGGUGGCCGGCGCCUCGGCUGACCUCUCUGCCGCGCUCGUCGCCGACCGCAACGCGCACAGUCCCAACGUCAAGGUGUCGAACCUGCUGCUGCUGGCCGGCGCCUCCCCGGACGCCGCCGUCCGCCAGCGGGACGGCGCGCCGCUGCUCGGCCUCUGCGCCGCCGAGGGCUUCGACGAGAUGCUGCAGCUGCUGCUGCGCUUCGGCGCCGCCGUCGACGCCGUCAACGGCAAGGGUGUGACGCCGCUCAUGUUGGCGGCGACGGGUGGACACGCCGAGGCCGUGCAGCUGCUGCUGCAGCACGGCGCCAGCGUCGGCCUGUGCGAUGCCGGCCGACGCUGCGCGCUCGUGCAUGCCGCUGUGCACGGUCACCUCAGCGUGGUGGAGUACCUGCUCUGGUGCGACUGGGCAACGGCCGGCGCCGGCGAUCGGCUGGCCAUGGCCGAGGCGGCGCAGCAGGCGCUGGUGGCGGCCGCUGGAAACGGUCGCCUCCAGAUCGCCGAGUACCUGCUCGACAUGGAGGAGGUGGCAGUAAACACUUGCGACAGUUUGCACGGCGAGACGGCCCUGACGAUGGCGGCCGCCGCCGGCCACAAGCCGCUGGUUGAGAUGCUGCUGCGCCGCGGCGCCACCGUCGCCGCCGCCAACUCGAAGGGGGCGCCGCCGCUGCUGGGCGCCGUGCGGGAGGGCCACUGGGACAUCUGCGUAGUGCUGCUGGGCCAGGGCGCGCCGCUGGAGCAGCAGGACCAGGCGGGACGCACGCCGCUGAUGCUGGCGGCCAGCGAGGGACACAUGGGCGUGCUGGAUCUCCUUCUCAACAAAGUCGCGUCUGUGGACCGCAGCGACCGCGAGGGCCUGACGGCGCUCUCCUGGGCGUGCCUGAAGGGCCGCGCGCACGUGGUGCGCUCCCUGCUGGACGCCGGGGCCGACAUCAACCACACGGAUAACGCCUGCCGCACGCCGCUCGAUCUGGCGGCCUUCUACGGAGACGCCGGCGUCGUCUCGCUGCUGCUGGACCGCGGGGCCGUGAUCGAGCACGUGGACCGGCGCGGCAUGACCCCCCUGGACCGCGCCAUCGGCUGCGGCAACGUCCAGGUGGUGCAGUGCUUCCUGAGGAAGGGCGCCAAGCUGGGGGCCACCACCUGGGCCAUGGCCGACGGCAAGCCGGAGAUCAUGUUCACGCUGCUGAACAAGCUGAACGACGACGGCAUGACGCUGUACAAGAAGUGUCGGAUUCAGGAGGCCGACCACCGCUUCACCUACGCGCUGAAGAAGUUCCCCGAGGGCGGCGUGCAGGAGCACGAAGACCUCUUCCGUCGGCUGCACGUCAACCUGCUGCUCAAUCUGUCCCGGUGCAAGAGAAAACUUGGCAAGCACCAAAUUUCAGCAGAGCUGGCGACGCUGGCCAUGUCGGUCCGACCGGAGGCCUUCGAGCCCUACUUCUUCCGUGCAAAGGCCAAGCACGCCCAGAAGCAACUGGACGGCGCGCUGGUGGACCUGAACGAGGCGCUGCGGCUGGCGCCCAGCAACCGGGACGUGCGGCGCACGCUGCUGCAGGUGCGCGACCAGAUCCAGCACCCCGAGCACGGCACGCCCGGACACCAGCUCGGCUCCAUGGACCCGCUGCUCGCCCAGUGCUAGUGAUGUCACGGUGACGUCACGCCGCCGCUUCGCGGCUAUCCGCGUGCUCGGCGGCGGGCGACCGGUGACGUCAGCUGGGCGAAGCGUGACGUCCUAUUCGUUGUGCCAAAGACCGACAGAGAAAGAGAGGCGAUACAUGAUUCCAGAUUAUUGCAUUUACUUACUUGUUUGUGCUUCGGCUGGCAGCUCUGUCGAGAUUCGUUCCGAUAUUUGUUAGGGUGUCACUGAUUGGAUAGUGUCCGCGGAAUGAUUUGUACCUACGUGGAAACGCGUCAUUUUAGCGCUCGUUUGUACGGUAUCUCCUGUAAGAUUUGUAAAGGUCGAGCGCGUCCUCCACGCGACCGUCAUGUUACCGGCGGCGACACUCGGUCGACGAGGCACGGUCCUCGUCCGAAGCUGCCAAGUGUUUCCGCUGACGUGAGCGCCAGACGCACUCCAGCGGCGUGUGAUAGGCGUAACUUGUGAACCGCCAGCCGUGUACUGCCGUCCAGGCCCGCCGAGGGCCCUGCGGACUUCUGUGAAGCGACUCUGGUCGCCUUAGCUAUCUGUAGGCUCACGUCGCUGCCCCGUACUCCCUGCAAGCGCCGCGCUGGGGGGGGGG